AUGAUGAAGGAUGAGCUUUUUGAAGUUGUUGGGCACAAGAGUAUCAGGAGACAGGACAGGACAGGGCCUGCGAACCAAACAUCCAUCACCCAAGUCAUCCUGCUGGGUCUCACCAGCCACCGAAGGACACAGAUUGCCCUCUUUGUACUGAUCCUCAUUGCCUAUCUGAUCACCAUGUUGGGCAACCUACUAGUGGUCAUUCUGGUCCAGUUGGACUCCCGCCUUCAUACCCCCAUGUACUUCUUCCUCAGCAACCUCUCAGGCCUGGAGAUGAGUCUCAUUAGUACCAUCGUGCCCCAAAUGUUGGCUCACUUGCUUAAGGGGAUUGGAAAAAUCCCUUUCAGUAGUUGUAUGACUCAGAUGUACAUUAUGUCUUCUCUGGCUUGCACAGAAGGGUUGCUGUUGGGUGUCAUGGCCUAUGACCGCUACUUGGCCAUCUGCUUUCCCCUGGUAUAUGCCAUGGCUAUGAGCAAGGGACGAUGCAUCCUACUAGCCACAGCUUCAUGGGCUUGUGGUUUCUUUCUUCCUGUGUUAACCAUUCACUACAUCCUAAAACUCCCUUUCUGUGGUCACAACCAUAUCAACCACUUCUCUUGCAACAUUCUGAUGGUACUGAGACUGGUGUGUGCAGACAUUCGACGCGUGGAGGUAAUCAUAAUGGUGGCAUCAGUUAUUGUGCUCCUUGUCCCACUCUUGGCCAUCCUGAUCUCUUAUGGGCUCAUCCUUGUGUCCGUAUUCCGCAUGAGCUCACAUGCAGGGUGGAGCAAAGCCUUCUCCACCUGCAUAUCCCACUUGGUGGUGGUUACUAUAUUUUAUGGGUCCAUCGCUGCCCUCUACAUGAGGCCUCACUCAGGUACGGAUUCCAGCCACCAUAAACAUGUGUCUGUCUUUCCUGCAGUGAUCACCCCCUUCCUCAAUCCAGUCAUCUAUACCUUACGGAACAAAGAUGUUCAUGCUGCAGUAGCAAAGGUGCUCUGUAGAAGGGCUGCUAAACUCAAGGACUGA